GAUAGUUUGAACUAAUUUUCUUUAAAGGUUAUCCUUUUUUUCUCACCCCUAAUUUUAUAAUUUCUUAAAAGGAAAUAUCAACCGUAAAUAGACUGACAUUAUUUCCAUAUAAAAAGUCGGUCAACUCAAUAACUGGUGACCACUUAAAAGUUCAAAGUUAAAACCACCUGUGGGUUCUUUUUUUUGUUCUUAACGACUUGUGGAACUCGUAGUAGCCAAUAGAAACGAGAGAAAUAAAUUCUGCUAUAAAUAUAUUUAUUAAAAAGUAAUCUAAAAAUCCAGAUUUAUUUAAUUAUCUGCUUCCUGCUCAAACCCGCUCCUCCUUAUAUUCUUUUUCUGCUUUUUGCUUUUACAAUUUGCCCUUUUCCCCUAGGGUUUUAUUCAGCGCAGCCGGCUAAAGGGUGAUGGAAGUUACACAGGUGCUUUUGAAUGCACAAUCAAUAGAUGGAACAGUACGAAAGAAUGCUGAAGAAAGUUUGAAACAGUUUCAAGAGCAGAACCUUCCUGGUUUUUUGCUUUCGCUUUCUGGAGAGUUGGCUAAUGAGGAGAAGCCUGUGGAAACACGCAAAUUAGCGGGUUUGAUACUUAAGAAUGCAUUGGAUGCUAAGGAAGAACACAGAAAGUUUGAGCUUGUUCAAAGAUGGUUGUCGUUGUAUGGCAAUGCAAAGAGCCAAAUUAAGGCUUCUUUACUUACGACCCUAUCUUCUAUUGUGUCUGAUGCUCGAUCAACUGCAUCGCAAGCAAUUGCCAAGGUCGCUGGCAUUGAGCUGCCACAAAAGCAGUGGCCUGAGUUGAUAGGUUCACUUUUAUCAAAUGUUAAUCAGCAACCAGCUCAUGCUAAGCAAGCCACUUUGGAAACUCUUGGAUAUUUGUGUGAGGAGGUCCCUCCUAAUGUUAUUGAUCAAGAUCAAGUAAAUAAAAUACUUACAGCUGUAGUUCAAGGUAUGAGUGCCUCGGAAGUAAACACUGAUGUGAGGCUUGCUGCCACAAGAGCACUUUACAAUGCAAUCGGAUUUGCUCAAGCGAAUUUCAUCAAUGACAUGGAGCGUGAUUAUCUUAUGAGAGUUGUUUGUGAGGCAACCUUGUCCCCAGAAUCGAGGAUACGGCAAGCAGCUUUUGAGUGUUUGGUCUCCAUUUCAUCAACUUACUAUGAGAAACUGGCUGCUUAUAUUCAGGAUAUUUUUAAUAUUACGGUAAAGGCUGUGAGGGAAGACGAGGAACCUGUUGCCCUUCAAGCUAUUGAAUUCUGGAGUUCAAUAUGUGAUGAGGAGAUAGAUAUUUUGGAGGAAUUUGGAGUUGAUUUCACUGGGGAUUCUGAUAUUACUUGCUUUUACUUUAUCAAGCAGGCUCUUCCUGCUCUUGUUCCUAUGCUUUUGGAGACGUUGCUGAAGCAGGAAGAGGAUCAGGAUCAAGAUGAAGGGGCUUGGAAUAUUGCAAUGGCUGGGGGAACUUGUCUUGGUCUGGUUGCACGUACUGUAGGAGAUGAUAUUGUUCCUUUUGUUGUGCCUUUUAUUGAGGAGAAUAUACAAAAAUCAGAUUGGAGGCAGAGAGAGGCAGCAACUUAUGCCUUUGGUUCAAUCUUGGAGGGCCCUUCUCCUGAAAAGUUGAUACCUCUUGUGAAUGUUGCCCUAAACUUCAUGCUAAGUGCUUUGACAAAGGACCCUAGUAGCCACGUCAAAGACACUACUGCCUGGGCCCUUGGACGAAUCUUUGAAUUUCUUCAUGGAUCAGCCGUAGGUUCAACUGUCAUCACUCAGGAAAAUUGCCAACAGUUAGUCACAGUUCUGCUGCAAAGCAUGAACAACACUCCAAAUGUUGCUGAGAAGGCUUGUGGUGCUCUCUAUUUUCUUGCUCAAGGUUAUGAGGAGGUGGGCCCAUCAUCUCCUUUAACUCCUUUUUUCCAGGAAAUUGUGCAGUCCCUUCUCACUGUCACUCAUCGAGAAGAUGCUGGGGAAUCCCGGCUGAGGACGGCUGCCUAUGAGACUUUGAAUGAAGUGGUGAGGUGUUCAACAGAUGAGACAGCUCCAUUAGUGUUGCAGUUGGUGCCUGUCAUCAUGAUGGAGCUUCAUAACACUCUUGAGGGGCAGAAUCUGUCAUCUGAUGGGAGGGAGAAGCAAAGUGAAUUGCAAGGGCUUCUUUGUGGGUGCUUACAGGUCAUUAUCCAGAAGCUUGGUUCAUCAGAAUCAACCAAGUAUGUGUUCAUGCAGUUUGCAGAUCAGGUAAUGGGGCUUUUCCUAAGGGUUUUUGCUUGUAGGAGUGCGACUGUACACGAGGAGGCUAUGCUUGCAAUCGGAGCCCUUGCUUAUGCAACUGGGCCAGAUUUUGCGAAGUACAUGCCAGAGUUUUAUAGGUACUUGGAAAUGGGUCUUCAGAAUUUCGAGGAGUACCAAGUCUGUGCUGUCACAGUUGGUGUUGUGGGUGAUAUUUGCAGGGCAUUAGAGGAAAAAAUUGUUCCUUACUGUGAUGGGAUUAUGACACAACUUCUCAAGAAUUUAUCAAGCAAUCAGUUGAAUCGUUCUGUGAAGCCUCCCAUAUUUUCAUGCUUUGGUGACAUUGCAUUGGCAGUAGGAGAGUAUUUCGAGAAGUAUUUAAUGUGGGCCAUGUCUGCUCUUCAAAGAGCAGCAGAGUUAUCCACCCAUGUAGCAGGAGAUGAUGAAUUGACAGAGUACACAAAUUCGUUGAGAAAUGGAAUUCUGGAGGCAUAUUCUGGGAUAUUCCAAGGGUUUAAAAGCUCUGCAAAAACCCAGCUCUUGAUUCCUUAUGCACCUCACAUCCUCCAGUUCUUGGAUGGCAUAUACAUGGAGAAAGACAUGGAUGAUGUGGUCAUGAAGACUGCCAUUGGUGUCCUUGGAGAUCUCGCUGAUACAUUGGGAAGUCAUGCCGGUUCUUUGAUUCAGCAAUCUCUUUCAAGCAAAGAUUUUUUAAAUGAAUGCUUGUCUUCAGAAGACCUUAUGAUUAAAGAAUCUGCUGAAUGGGCCAAGUUGGCCAUUAGUCGUGCUAUUUCUGUUUGAUAGUAUUGCCAUUCAGUGCAUUUAUUUUCUGUUGGAAGUCCAUGCAUUUGGGUGUGUUGUGUUGAGGGUCUGGGAUUGCAUGUUUCAAGUCGUCACCAUUUUGAAACAACAGAAGUUGUUAUUGGCCUUCCAAGUUGUCGUUAACUCUUGCAUCAUCAUCAUCAUCAGCAUCAUGGGGUCAGAUUCCAUUUUUUUAUUACAUGAGGUGGGUCGGGGUGGUUUCAGAGAAGUUGAUGAAAAUCACAAUGAAAUCGUGGAGGAGCAUUAAUUAAGAGAGGGUUCAGUAACUGUGACAUCAAACCGGUGGCUAACUAGUCCGGUAGCUUCAGUCCCUUCAGUGUUCGUACUGCUCUUGUUUCAAGACAAACAUCAUUUUUGCCCUUGGUUUGUUUUUCUCCAAGUAAAUAUCCAUCAUUGGAAUGGAUGACCGAGGCUAGGGUUGAAAGAUGUGCAGCACUUUGGAAACAGUCUCAAAGUGCUGCAUUUCAUUUUUCACCACUGUCCUUUCCAUCACCUAGUUUUGAUUUCCUUAGUGUUCCUCACUUUUUUUUUUUUUUUGGUCAGCAUAAGUUGGCAUAUAUAUCUUUAAGCAUAUACAUAUCAUUCAGUGGCUGGGUUGCAUUUAGUCUCUCAGCUGCUGCUUUUUGUAUAAUUGUUUGUUACCCAUUUUGGAGUCAAUUUGUUCAAUUAUCAUGCAUUCAUAAGUUUAUCUGUUUUGCCCUUCUUUUCUGUAUACAUUUUUUUUUAUCAUACAAUUGGAAUGAAUACAUGUUCAAAUACUAGAUUGUGAAUUCUUUUAGAGAUCAAAA